AAUUAAUGCAUCUGUAGCGAAGGCACUUGGUGUGUCAUGCAUACAUUAGUGCUUGAGAAGAGCAGGAGUCUAGGGGGAGACCGAGGAGGUUCUACUUUGAGUGUCAUCACAAAUUACCAGAAGAACUUGCAGUCUCGCUCACUCUCUUCUCCUCUCGUCCGCUUUUGGCAGGAGCUAAGGCAGACGAGCCACCAACACUGCCACCUCUCUCUCUCGCACGCACGCACACGCGCACACCUUCUCUCCCUCACUCCUUUUCUUUUUCGCAUCCCUCUCUUUCUCGUACGUUAGGUUUUUCUUUAUUUUCGUAACUCAUUCGGUUAAAUAGAUGGAUUGACGGUAGACCGCUUCAAGAGCUUCAACUUUGAGCGCUUCGUUCUCAACCCCCCCAACUUUUUUUUUUUGGUUGUUUUUGGCAUUUUUUUGUUUCUCAUGGCAAGGCAUGCUGCUUGUGGUCUAACUCAAACGUGAUGCUUCAGGAGUUAAGCGCGAGUGUCUUCUUCCCACCUUGCUUGCAGCACCGACCUUUAGCUCAAGUUCCCGACAAUGAUGAGCAGUUUGUUCCAGACUUUCAGAGCGAAAACUUGGCGUUCCACGGGCUGCAGUUGAGGAUAAAGAGAGAGCCCCACAGUCCGUGUGCUGAUCUGGGCUCAGCCUGCAGUCAGGAGAGGCCCUUCAGAAUCCACUAUGGGGAGAAGUGCCUGUAUAACAUCAGUGCCUACGAGCAGAAGCAUCCCUCGGGAAUGAAGGCCUCCAGCCCAGUGUCUACCCCCUGCAGCACGCCCGUGUCCCCUGGACAGCAUGUGUCUCCCACCGCCGCCCCCAACCCCAAACCAGACAGGACGUACCCUCACCUCGCACCCCCUGACAGCGCUUACCCCAUGGACCACAGUGUUUUGUUCAGAUUUCGGCGGCAGUUGUCGGAGCCGUGUCAUUCGUUCCCCUCUCCUUCGAUGUCUCGGGACGGACGGCCCAUGUAUCACAGACAGAUGUCAGAACCCAGCAUCCCCUUCCCUCCUCAGGGGUUCAAGCAGGAGUACGGCGACCCCCUCUUCGAGCAUCCGGCCAUGGUGGGGGCGCCGCUGCCCCAGACAUACCCUCACUCCAUGAUGAUCAAACAAGAGCCUCGCGACUUCACCUACGACUCAGAAGUGCCUAGCUGUCACUCUGUAUAUCUUAGACAGGAAGGAUAUCUGGCCCACAAUAACAGAACAGAGGGAUGUAUGUUUGACAAAGUUGCAAGGCACUUCUAUGAUGACACUUGCGUGGUACCAGAGAAGGUUGAAAGUGAUAUAAAGCAGGAGGCGGGGCUGUACCGCGAAGGCCCGACCUAUCAGAGACGAGGCUCGCUGCAGCUCUGGCAGUUUUUGGUGGCCCUGUUGGAUGACCCUUCAAACUCACACUUCAUUGCGUGGACAGGCCGGGGCAUGGAGUUUAAACUCAUUGAGCCCGAGGAGGUGGCGCGACGUUGGGGGAUUCAAAAGAAUCGGCCUGCCAUGAACUACGACAAGCUUAGCAGAUCGUUGCGCUACUACUAUGAGAAAGGCAUCAUGCAAAAGGUGGCAGGCGAAAGAUACGUGUAUAAGUUUGUCUGCGACCCCGAGGCUUUGUUCUCCAUGGCCUUCCCUGACAAUCAGCGUCCGGUGCUGAAGACCGACCUGGAGCGGCAGAUCAACGAGGAAGACACCGUGCCGCUGUCACACUUCGAUGAGAACAUGGCGUACAUUCAAGAGGGCGGCUACUGCAACCCGCACCCGUACAACGAGGGCUACGUCUACUGAAAUCUGCUACGGGCCAUUCGCAAAACAAAACGAAGAACAUUCAGACUUGUCCCUCAUUUCCUUCAGUCAUUCCCCAGGACAAAAGAGAGCACUUUAUGGACAGAGGAUGAUGGCAGUGUGUAAACCUACAAACGUACUGGUGUAGUUACGUUAGAUGCUCCUUUGGUGUUUUUUUGUUGCUAUUGAAGGGGAAGGGGUGUUUCAGCAUGCCGUUUUCUCACAGCGAAAGACUCUUGAGGGCCAAUGGCCUCUCUUCGGACAGCUGUUUUGAACUAUUUAGACAGGUUAGAGUCUGGAGCACGUGAGUAGAAAAAUCCCAACCUCUUUUACCAUUGAAACUCUUGGAUUGUUCAUGGAGCGCUUUGUUAUUUUCACCCAUUUUCACAGCAUUUGUUUUCUCUCCCUUGGUGUCAAACUGAGUAAAUAAUACAGUGUAUUACUAUGGAAAUAAAAUCCUUAAAAAUCCAUCUCAAAGUGAGCACAUAUCUGAACUGAGUAAAUGGCCCUUAUACAUCCUUUCUCGCACGUUCAGGACCAAUACAGUGAUUAAUUACUAGCACAUUAAUUACAAGAAACGACUGAUUCAUGUUACUUGUGAAACGCUAAUAUUCAAGUUAUACCCCUAUAUAUAUAUAUUCUCCUAUGAAUAUAAUAUCUUACAGGAGGGAAGAUGCAGGUAAUUUUCUCAAUGAACAGCAGAUUUUUUCUUAAUGAAUUAAAGACAAAAAAAAAUCCCAUGACAGCAUGAUUUUGUAAUACUACAGUACAUGGUGUUUCAAGUACUAAUUUUCGAAAAUCUAUUUAAAGCAACAAUACAGUAUAUUUAACACCGUAUUUCACUGAAUAUGACUUUUUGAUCAGAACAUCAUUCUUUUAAUGCUACAUUUCUACUAUUAGAGUGACAAAUUGCUUUUUUAUUAAGAAAAAAAAGUGGAUGUUGGUCCAUUACUCGCUCCCCAUGCCAUCACUGAAAAUAUAAAACAUGUAUAUUCAGGUUAAUGCACCUCAAUGCUGCUUUUCGUGUAAAUCUAGUCACAUAUGAUCAGACGGCAGCUAUGCCCUGCAGUACGUUCAUUAUUUCUUUUCUUUUUUACAUUGGAAAAAAAAAACGUCAGUGUUUAUUGAAUGUAAAAAAUAUAUACAUAAUUGCGAAGGGAAUGGCAAUAGCUACACUUCUGUAAUAAAAUAGUGUUGAAAUACAA